GGUUACUAUAUCUAAAAAAAGAAGAAGUUAAAAACAAGUCCCAGUCCGUGCCUCCAGCCCCCACCUCUCCGAAAAUCACAAAGCACCGCUCGGUAUCUUCGCCGCCGCCGCCGCCGCCGCCGCUCACCCUAUUGGCUUCACGCGACAAGGCGGUCGCCUCCGCUCACAUGCUGCCGCCGGCUUGUGAUAACUCCUCCACAGGUCAGCCAGUACGAAGUGUGGAAGAAGGGGAAAAUCUGAAGGAGAUCAGAAGAGAGAAUUCAGAGACAUGCAUAUCAAAUUUCAAAAGUAAAUUGUCCAUGGUGGCGAAUUGUGAACAAGUUAUGAGGACUGCUAACAUGCAAAGCGCUGAUGUUAGAGUUCAGACUGUUGUUGAAUUGUUCAAGAAAGUAUAUCAAGAUCUACCGCCGAGGUUGCAGGAAAAAUUGCGAGCCGAUCUCAAUGCUGGCAUCUUUAAGCAUGCUGAAGAAAAAUAUGGGCUGCCUAAAUCAAAAGAAACUACUACCAAAAAGCUUGGCGGUUGGACUAUAGGCAGUAUAGUUCUACCAGUCGUCUUGGGCUUUUUGAUGUUCAUCAUAAGCCUAUAUUUUUACUGAUGCUAAACAGAGAAAGGGGAUUCCAAGACGUUGAUGGGUUAUGUGGUCAUCUUAUGCAUAUUACUUACUGGAUUUAAACUUGUUUUUAUUUUAUGACAAGAAAGACCAGUCCUUAGUAAAGCACAAGUUUGGGUUCAUUGAUGUGAAAAAGAAUCCACAUUAUGCAUGUAGAAAAAAUGUUAUCUUCGAAACCCUCUACAUAAAUGGGAAGUCAUGUUUGUGCCGUUAAAUCUUAUGUACUGCCUUCAAAUAUACGAGUAUCUAUUGUUCGCCUUGUUAAA